CCAGCGCGGUUACGGGUUCCCGGCGUCCAAGGAGCCCUUCUGGAAGUCCCGAUGGCGGCGGUGAGACUACCGACGGGAAGGCCGCAAGUGGAGGAGGUUGCGGGGCGUCUCAAUGCAGCCGCACGAACACGUCGUCAGGCAAGGCUGGAGUUGCAGGCUGCUGGUUCGGGAACCGAAUCUGAAACUGCCUAACGUUCCGGGAGUGAACGUGGAGGUAGGAGAACUGGCGAAAGGGCUGAAACUACCGAAUGUUUGGGAGACAAACGUGGAGCUACUGAUACUGCCGACCGUUCGUUUCCCGAACGGGGAGGAAAUGAAGGAAAAGUGUCUGCUGGUGACAAGAGUUCCAGAAAGCAGCCAUUACAGGCAGGGUCCAGCAGAAAAAGGAGUAGCGCUACGGCAGGCUUGGCAGCAGGUCCUGGGAACACUGGAAGUGCUGUUGGUGAAGUGGGGACAGCUGUGGCACGUCGCCCGAAUGAGUCGACCUCUGACGCCAUUGCCCCUCCAGUUGCUGGGCCACAGGUUACCCCGGUGGUGCGUCCCCGUGUUAGCGUGGUUGGUGACGGCAGGGUGGCAGGGGGCAGGCGGGGGACUGCUCGGGCAUGGAGCGGACCAGAAGGGUCGGAUGGCAUGGGUGGUUGGCCACUCAUACAUUUACUGGGUGCAUCGGAGAACUGCAGUUCGACAUUGUGGUCUACAGCUGGGCUUUCCAAGUUCCGUGGUUCAGCUUCGGUGGUUUGGUUACCGGGGUUGGGGUUGGAAUGCAAUUUGUGUUGAAAUGUUUCACAAAAUUCUGUUGGGACAGGUUCCGGACAUAGUGGUGCUUCACGCAGGGGGCAAUGAUGUAGGGUUGUUACCUCAAAAGCGUGUAAAGCAAAAUGUGAUGGCUCUUCCCAUUUCGAGUAAAACAGCCCUAAUUCCACCUGCAAGAAGGGAGCCACUAGAUGUCAUGAUUAGUCUUGCCACUGGAGCGUACAAUCUAAUUAUACAAUCAAGGUUCCUACAUUAA